GGAGAGUUAUUCCGAUCAGAAAAUUUUUGCUUGAUUGAGUUAAUAGUGCCUUCUAAUAUAGUAUAUGAGGCUGUUGGUCUCACCGGAGAGUUAGGCUGGCUUCAGUAUAAAGAUUUGAAUAGCGAUGUUAGUCAAUUUCAAAGGAACUUUGUGAGAGAAAUUCGAAAGUGCGAAGAUUUAGAGCGGAUAUUAAAACAUUUUGCUAUGGCUAUGGAGUCGCAUAAGUUGUGCAGAAAUUCUGACCUCCUCAUUGAUUUAGAUGCAGAAGAAAAGUAUGCUUUUCCUCUUCUUUACGAGAUCGAUGAGUUGGAGCAACGGCUUUAUGAUUUAGAGAAAACCUUGAAACAAGCCGAAGAGAAUGAACAAUCGUUACUAGAGGAACUGACAAAUCUGCAGGAGUUUCAAAGUGUUUUAGAGGGUUCCUUUCUCUUUUUAAGUGGUACGGAGAGAAUUUUUCUUCCUUCUGCUUUGUAUUGCUUUCCCGACAAUAAAUGCGAUUCUGGGUCACCGGCACUAAGAUUCGGGUGUAUUGCAGGAGUGAUUGAAUUAUCUAAGAAAACUUCCUUUGAAAGAUUACUAUGGCGCAUCUGCCGCGGAAGUGCCUUUUUAAGAAUCUGCAACUCCCAAUCUCUGGGAGGAGUUCAGAAGAGCGUCUUUGUAGUGUUUUUCCAGGGCACUUUACUUGGCGAGAGAAUCCGCCGCGCUUGUGACGGCUUCGGAGCCAAACUGUAUGCCUGCCCUGAGUCCGCUAAUGAACGCUCUGCUCUUCUUAAGCACGUGAAAACAAGUUUAUACGACCUCGAAAUGGUUCUACAGAGGACUGUAGAUCACAAACUUAUGCUUCUUACGAAUAUUAAAGAGCGUUAUGAAGGCUGGUUUGUUGCCUUGAAAAAGCCUGCAGGUCAAGUCUACCUACUUUGUUCUAAAUACGUUCAAUUACGACGUCACCAACUCCGCACUAAUUGGCGAGGCGUGGUGUCCCGUCGCUAGAUUACCUGCUGUUUACAACGCCAUGGAAAAAGUUCGG